AUGAAGUUAACAUUGACCCCCUUUACUGUCGUUACCAUCGCCCUUUGUGCUGUUCGAGCGCAAGGAGAUUGCCCUGACGGCUGCAAGGCUACCCAACACUGCGAUACCGACACAAACACAUGCGUCCGCUUUGAAGAACUCUGUGGAGAAGCUGGCUGUGCCGCCAACGAGUUUUGUGGCUCCGACAAGACGUGCAAGGCUUUUUCCUGUGCCAAUUGGUAUCGGUUCAGCCCUUGGCGUCUUGCGGAACAAGGAGCUACCCCCAUGGAAUGUGAAGUGGUCACCGACCCCAACAUAUGGCAAGUCAUUUAUUCGUGCGAGACGUCCCCCACUCAAGGCCCCAAGUUGUAUUCCAAUCAAAAGUGCACAUCGAUGGUGGGCGAAGAUUCCUUUCAUUGUUUCAAUUUGACCCAGGACUUUGAUUUUACGGACUAUGAAGCGCAAGUGACCGCCGCACAAGGAAACAACGAGGCGUGCCUCGGCGUGGAUCAGAAUCCCACGGAUCGCGUCAUGUUGUAUCAAGUCACGUACGAUCAUCCCGAUCAGAAAGCGCCCGAGAGGGUCGACUUGGAUGGAGAAGCCGGUAGUGCCACUCUGCAAACGGAGUUGGCCCUGCAGAGUAUCUUUGUGGAAUAUGUAAAGAAGGACUCGCCCAUUGUCGAGGACAAUACUCAAGAUAACAUCCCGGAUAGUGGAGGAAUGAGCAGUGCGCGUGUUGAUCUAUUGAUGUUAAUGACUGGGGCUGGGGUCAUAGUGUUUGGGUGCAUGUAA